GCUUCAGUUCAGACAGGUCCUUCACACCCACUCACCACAGCUACUACUCUAAACAUGAGGGCAUGAUGGAGGAGAUGCUCACCAGUCACCAGAUUUCAUCACUUGCCAGAGAGAGUGAGAGAGAUUCAUACCGGCUGAGCUGGGGCACAGAGAACCUGGACAACGUGGCUUUGUCCUCCAGCCCGGUCCAUUCUGGCCAUUCCUCUCCGUGCCACGAUCAUGGAGACCACAGCAGUUUCCUGGUCAGCUUCAUGGUGGAUGCCAGGGGUGGAGCCAUGCGUGGUUGUCGGCACAACGGCCUCCGCAUCAUCAUCCCGCCAAGGAAGUGCAGUGCCCCGACAAGAGUGACGUGCCGACUGGUGAAGAGGCACCGUCUGGCCACCAUAUUUUACUGCACUAAAAACUUCUUAAAGAACGUUUAG